AGUCAGCUGUUGUCCAGUUAAAAAUAUAAACAACGCAGAUUGCAUCACGCGCAGCGAUUUUGCCGGUUUUCUUUGAAUUUUCUUAAAGUUUACACAUUUGAUUAGAUAAAAACUGUUGAAGUUACUUUCCCGGGAUGUGGCCAAUCAUUUUGCACUUCCUACGGACGAACGCCGUGUACAUCACGCUACCGGUAGCGGCCCUUGUCGGUGUCGUCGGAUACAACCUGGAGAACCUGCUUUCCGAUAAAUAUACGCCUUAUAGCGAAUCGAUCGAAGAGAAACGAGUGGAACGAAUCACGGAUGACGAACACCUGAAAGAUGCAACAAAGGUCGAUAAGCUCGUCUACAAGGAGAACGUCCUGGGAAGAAACCUGUCUCCGUCUCUCACGAAAAAGUAGUCUGUGCCUCAAACAUAGUUUUGGUAUUUUGAAAGUUCAACUGUAAAUAAAAAAACUGGGUCAUUAAUCAUAA